AUGUCCAAGCCAAGCCAAUACCUCCUCCUCUCCCUGCCCUCCUCCAUCGUCCCCUCGCACCACCGCGACGACGCCCUCGAGGCCGUAUCCACCACAGUCUCCCCCGACAAUGGCUCCGUGGCCUCCUUCCCGAUCCCCGAGUUCAAGAUCGGCACACUAGAUGCGCUCGUCCAGCAGGCUGACGAGCUGGCCAAGCUCGAAGGCCAGUGCCAGACUGUCGUUGGCAAGGUCGGCGAUGCGUUGAAGAAUAUCCUCGAGGGAGACGAGGCGCAGAUUGAGCGCAUGAAGGUCGUCAAUGAUAAGCCGGUUGAUCAGUAUCUCCGCACCUUCCAGUGGAAUAAGGUCAAAUACCGUGCGGACAAGUCGCUCUCGGAGUUGAUUGAUCUUCUGCAGAAGGAGGGUGCCAGUAUCGACAAUGAUAUCCGUUUCAAGUACUCGCAAUAUAACCAGGUUAAGAACACGCUGGCGACCCUGCAACGGAAACAAACGGGAAACCUCUCUACAAAAUCGCUCGUCUCAAUCGUGGACCCCCGCUCCAUCGUCCAAGACUCCGAGUUUAUCGAAACACACCUCGUCGCCGUCCCGUCGCAGCAAGUAAAGGACUUCCUCAAGACCUACGAAACCGUCGCGCCGAUGGUAGUCCCCCGCUCAGCCCAAUUGGUCGCCGAGGACAGCGAAUUUUCGCUGUACGCCGUGACGACGUUCAAGAAGCACAGCGCGGAGUUCGUGCACAAGGCCCGCGAGCAGAAGUGGAUCCCGCGCGAUUUCAAGUACGUUGAGGGUGGUAAGGAGGAGGAAGCGAAAGAGGUUGAGCGUGUUGGUGGCGAUGAGCGUAAGCUUUGGGGUGAGACGCUACGUCUGGGUCGGACGGCUUGGAGUGAGGCUGUAAUGGUCUGGAUUCAUGUCCUGGUCUUGCGCGUGUUUGUUGAAACGGUGCUGCGGUAUGGGUUGCCUUUGGACUUUGUCUGUGCCUUGAUCCGGGCUCCCACUACCAAGCAAGCGGACCGCGCUAAGAAGAACCUUGAGGAUAAGUACUCCUACUUGGCCGGUAAUGCCUUUGGUCGUGACAAGAAGGGUCGUGUCAAGCGCGAUGACCCUAGUGAAAUGCACGCUGGUGGCGAGGGAAGUGUGGAGUACACACCGUACGUGUUCUACGAAUUCGAAUUCAACUAA